GCUCUGGUCCCAUAUCCUGGAUGAGGCAGAUAGGAGGCUGACGGGAUGGAAAGGCGGAUAUCUUUCUGUGGCAGGUCGGUCUACCUUGAUCAAAGCCACCUUAGCUAACUCCUCGGUGUACGUCAUGUUCGACUUCCACAUUGCCUGCUCAGGUGGUCAAUCUCUUGGAAUGACUCAUGCAGAACUUUUUGUGGCAGUGCAGGCAGAGAAGACUAAAUUCCACCUGGUCGCGUGGGAAAACAUAUGCCUACGUAAAAAAUUUGGAGGUCUAGGGAACCCUUAGGAACACAAUUUGGCUUUACUCGAAAAUGGUGGCGGUGUCUAGCUACUCAGUUUGACUCUUUUUGGGCUAGAAUCCUUCAAAGUAAAUAUAAAAUCUUGGAAGGCUCAUGACUGCUUGAUAAUAGACGAUGGCCGUCAGUGUCAGGAGCCUCAAAAUCUAUCCUAACCUCUCUCCCACAGUUCAAAAGAUGGGUACGUCUUCAGCCAAGGGCGGGCGAUAGGGUACUUUUAUGGUCUGACCUUUGGCUAGGUCAUACCCCUCUGAGCCAAGCUUUCCCAACCCUCACUAGCCACAAACAAACACUCCACCGUUGCUGAGGAAAUGGCGCUAAUAAGUGGCCGUAGGAACUGGAACCCUGCUUUCCGAAGGCACCUCACUGAUGAGGAAGCCUUGCACUUCCAAAUUCUCUCGGCUGCAUUAUACUCAAUUUCAUUCCCUUAAAUGGGACUGAUUCUCUAGUGUGGACGCUUACUCCUACUGGCCUUUUCAUGGUUGCCUCUUUCUAUAAUAGCCUCUCUCAGGCUCCUACCCUUCCUGGUAACCCUCCAUCAGCCUUGGCAAAAGUGUGGGCGACCUUUGCACAACCCAAGGUGCAAACCUUUUACUGGAUUGCUGCAUCCAACAGAGCCCUCGAGGUGGACCAACUCGAAAAAAGGGGGAUCCCCAUCCUCAAUAGAUGCGCCUUAUGUCUUUCUGAAGGGGAAUCUAGCCCUCACCUUUUCCUUCUUUGCAAUGUCGUACAUGAUUUGUGGGAUAUGGUAAUACAACUGUUUGGUAUCCAAUGGGUGACGCCAUCCUCGAUCAGAGCCCAUAUCUCUUACGACCUGGACUCUCAGUGGCCGAAAGCUGGGAAACUUUGUGGAAAGCUACUGUAGCGUUUACCAUAUGGAUUAUAUGUAUCAAACUACCAACCCCAGCUCUCUUUCAUAGGAUCGCUACCUUGGUCUCCAUUUGGGCUUCCAAUCAUCAGACAUUCGCGGGCAUUCCAAAGAACUUCUUCCAUAGUUAAUGGAAGAAUAUUCUUUACUACCAACCGAGAAAGGCAAUUAGACAUAACAAUUGGCAACCCCACCUGUUGGCUGCAUUAAGUUAAACUUUGACGGUUGUUCAAUUCAGAAUCCUAGCCCAGCUAGCGCUGGAGGAGUUUUUAGAGACUACCACCGGAAAGUCCUCUUAACGUACUCCGAAUACCUCGGUGGUGGUGACUCCCAAUAUGCUGAGGCCAUGGCUUUGUACUGGGGCUGAAAAAGUUGAACCAGUCUUGGGGACCACGCCUCAUUGUGGAAGGAGACUCCCAAAACACAAUCUCUUGGGCAAGUGGGAAGAUCCUCCCCCCCCUCCCCAUGGCAACUUACCACCAAUUUUGAUGAAAUCUUUCACAUUUGUAGGGAUAUGGACGUGUCCUGGAGGCAUAUAUGGAGGACGUACAACGAGUUCGCAGAUCUCAUGGCGAAGGCGGGAGCUAGAAUGCAAGAGGAAGAUAAUGCCAGAUAUGAGGAGUCCGAGAGAGACUACAAAAAUUUUUUGGAGUUAAAACCUAGUCCUUCUGCUGCAGAAAAAGAACUUUCCCAGAUGUUCCAGGCAAAAAGUUCUCUUGAAGUUGCCAUAGAUCUUUUUAAUUCCAAAAUUGUUAUCAAGGCAAUGGACCACCUCGACAAAGUUGUCAUUGUUUUUUCACCGGAGUGCUCCAAGGCAAAACUUUUAAAAAUUAAGAUCUUGAUAGCGGAAAAAGACUAUUCAGGUGCCAUUGCUGAAACUGGUUAUAUACUCAAAUCUGAUGAGAGUAAUCUGGAGGCUUUACUUCUGCGUGGACAAGCCUAUUAUUACCUGGUUGAUCAUGAUGUUGCUUUGAGGCACUACCAAAAGGGGCUUCGUCUUGACCCGGAACAUAGUGGACUGAAGAAAGCUUAUUUUGGAUUGAAAAAUCUUAUAAAGAAGACUAAAAGUGGUGGUUCAUUUGUUUUCCUCACGCUGAAGAGAAUCUAGCUAAGGGAAAGUUGCGAUUAGCAGUAGAGGACUUUAAAGGAGCACUUGCGCUGGACCCGAAUCAUACUGCAUACAAUGUCCAUCUUUAUCUUGAGUUGUGCAAGGUAUUGAUCAAGCUUGCCAGGGGAAAAGAUGCUUUGGACAGUUGCACUGCAGCACUUGACAUUGAUGGGGAGCUUAUAGAUGCUUUAGUUCAGAGAGGUGAAGCCAAACUUUUAGUUGAAGAUUGAGAGGGGGCAGUUGGCGACUUGCAAGCAGCUGCGCAAAAAUCUCCUCAGGUUUGUUGUUAGCUGCGCAAAAAUCUCCUCAGGAUAUGAGCAUUCGAGAAGCAUUGAUGAGGGCAGAAAAGUCACUAAAGCUGAGCAAGCGAAAGGACUGGUACAAGAUACUAGGUAUAUCAAGGACUGCAUCCAUUGCCGAGAUAAAACGUGCCUAUAAGAAACUUGCUUUGCAGUGGCAUCCAGAUAAAAAUGUAGACAAUAGGGAAGAGGCAGAGACUAAAUUUAGAGAAAUAGCAGAGGCAUAUGAGGUGUGACCUUCAGCAGUGUAAAUUCUUACUUCUAUUAAGAUUUAAGAUUAGAACAGGGUGUUUGCAUUUGAUGUCCCGAUGUUAGGACAUGAAUGAAUGCGGCCAUAUCAUCAUUGUCAUUCAUCAGUUCCACUUCUUAUGGCUCGCAUCUGGAUGUCUGCUCCAUCUAACAGCCCUGUGGUACUGGGUUUUGAUGAUAUUCUUGGAACUCUAAGACACAUGUUUGCACUUUUGAAGUUCUGCAUUCCCUGUUUAAUUAGCUUUACUUGUCAUGGUA